UUUCAGAGCGCAGCUGAGCCAGCCCGCUCCUCAACACUCUGCCAUCUGCACCGCUGUGGCUGGGACCGGGCAGUGCUGCACAUCCCAAAGGCCACCAAGUCACACCCGUGUCCCUGCUGCUUUGCCGGGAGCUUCUGCGGUGCGAGCGAUGUUUUGGGGGCUGAUCUCUUGGACUGCAGCUACUCCAUGCCUGACCGGCAGCUGGUCAGGAGGGUGGUGUCCCAGGUGGAGUUCUACCUCUCUGACGAGAACCUGGCCAAGGAUGCUUUCCUCCUGAAACAUGUCCAGAAGAACAAGAUGGGCUUCGUCAGCGUCAAACUGCUGACGUUCUUGAAGAAGGUGGAAUACCUGACGCAUGACUGGUGGCUGACGCUCUACGCCCUGCAGUUCUCAGAGCUGCUGGAGGUGAACGAGGAGGGCACCAAAGUGAGGCGGUGGGUGAUAGCAUAUGUCCAUACAUUCUGUAUGGUACGUCUAAAUCACUGCGCACUGGUGCAGUACAAGAGCCUGGGGAGCGCUUCAGCCUUGAGGAGCCUUGAGGACCUCGGCCGCCAGAGCUGUCCGCGUGGCGAGAGCAUCAGCGUGGUCCGGCUCUGCGGGAAGGGCUCCGAGAAGACACCCGGGGCCGAGAGGGAGGUGGCAGACGAGCUGGUGGACCAGCCGGGUUGGAAAGCGCAGGCGGUGGCCGUGACCUUCCCCGACGGCCUCGGGGACUCCCUGCUCUGCAGCUCCCCGGAGCGGAACGGUGCCCAGGCGUUGCCACCCCUCCUCCUGCACAAGGAUCCCUCGGCACCCUCCUGGCCCGGCAGCAACUUCAAGCCCAGCAAUUUCGGCAACGCCUUCACUGGAUUGCUCCUCGCCAGCAAAGUCUUCCCUCCGCUGGGGACAGGCUUGGGCACAGGCAGCUGCUACGGCCUCUGCUCCAGCACUGAGAGCACUCGUGGCUGCGGCUGGGGGAGUGGGGUGGAUGCCUGGGCACCCUGGCCCAGCAGCCCCUCUCCAGAUGCCAAACCUCUUGCCGGCAAUCCUCCGGCAGCGACGUGGGUGCCUGAGCCCCUCGGCCUGCGGGAUGCGGUGCUUUGCCUGCCCCACUGCUGUCCCAAAAGUGGGGUCGUUUACCUGGAAACUGUCUCCUCCAGGAUCAACCCAAGACUCCUCCCAGUUCUCUCUCAGAGUCUUCUGACCUCUGCUUUUGGUACCGGAGAUCGCAGCUACCUGCCUCAGACUCCUCCAACGCUGCCCUCACAGCGGGGGGGGGACGGACUGACUGACAGCGGCGGGGCGGGGGUGUCGCCCCCCCUCCAGGCGCUGGGGGACGGCAUCGCAUCCCCCUCGGCCGCCCCUUCCUUCCCCAGGCAGAAGAAACGGACGGACACACGGCCAUGGGGGCUUCCUCCCCUGAACCGCUCCGCUCUGCCACAGCUAGGAGCAUCAAGGUCCGCAGUCACCAGUGCCGACAACACGGCACCGGUGCCACGAGCCCAGAGCAUCGCCUCAUUCUGCCAGACACAUUACCCUGUCAGACGGCCACACGUCGCUACUGCUGCAGUAACCACCAGUAACACAGUGUUAUGCGUUAGACCAGCAUUGUGCAUGUACGUGCUGACGGUGCCUCAGCUCAGGAGAGGGCUGAAGAAUGACGGUUCAUUGCAAAUGCGCUAG